CGUACUUGCACUUCCGUGCGUUUUGUCAAACAAUUCUCUUAUUAUUAGUCGACAUUUUAGGUCACAGCUUAUUUUCCUGGGAGCCCUUGUUUUUCUCGUCGCUGCUUAACACAAGAAGCAAUACAUAGUAUUACUGUAUUGGUGGUCGCUUAAGUUGUUUGUGACGCGUGUAUUUUUGUACACACGCGUACACACAAGAUCUCGGUGAUGGCGUCUCAUGACCACGUUGCGUCCCACAUCACUGAAAGAGAUAGAGAUAGAGAAAGUGAAGCGUAUGCUUUAUUGUCCCUUAAAACGGCCCCAACAAGUCCUGGUGCAGCUCAUCAUUGGAACCAUGGAGGUGAAGCACGAGGCCCAGUGGUGAUUGCUAGGAUUGAAGGCAGAGAGUUUGAAUUUUUAGUUCGGCAAAAACGAUUAGUGAUUGGUCGGAAUUCAUCUAGAGGACAAGUAGAUGUUAACAUGGGUCACUCAUCAUUCAUAUCAAGACGCCAUUUGGAAGUUUACUUUGAACACCCGUUCUUUUACAUGAUUUGUAAUGGGAAAAAUGGUGUAUUUGUUGAUGGUGUGUUCCAAAGAAAAGGCGCUGCUCCUCUGCAGCUUCCCAAAAUGUGUGUGUUUCGUUUCCCUAGCACAAACAUAAGAUUGAUGUUUCAAUCCCUUGUUGAUGAAUCAGGACCACCACCUAAUCUUGGUAAUCAAACUGCAUCUAACAUGAACUUGUCAGCUGUGUCAGCACCUACAACACAACUUGCUCCUCCAUCUCCAUUGAAGAGAAGGGCACCUUCAACUCAACAGCAGCCUCAUUUAGCUCCAUUAAGGAUCAAUAUACCCAUAGGAGAGGAAGAGGCAGAAGCCUCCAGUCCUCUUCCAUCACCAACAGGAACUAUAAGUGCUGCCAAUUCAUGCCCGGUUAGCCCCCGCGAAGGAAGUCAUGGAUUAGGACGUAGCCAUUUUGGCGGGUUUUCUCACUUCCAUCACGAGUUAAAUCCUUCCUCAUCACACGGCCAUGGAUCAGCUGCCGGUUACAGUACAGGUUCAGGUCAAGACCUAACACAAGAUCACAGCCCUGGAGCCGAAGGCGGAAAUGAUACAAAAGAUGAUAGCAAACCUCCUUACUCUUAUGCUCAGCUAAUUGUGCAAGCUAUUUGCACGGCUCCCGACAAGCAACUGACGCUGAGUGGAAUUUAUUCGUAUAUCACGAAGAACUAUCCCUAUUAUCGUACUGCUGACAAAGGAUGGCAGAAUUCCAUCCGCCACAAUCUGUCGCUGAAUCGUUACUUUUUGAAAGUGCCCCGUAGUCAAGAAGAACCAGGCAAAGGUUCUUUUUGGAGAAUAGACCCUACUAGUGAAUCAAAGUUGGUUGAACAAGCCUUCCGUCGUCGAAGGCAACGAGGAGUACCUUGUUUUAGAACACCCUACGCAAGAAGCGCACCAGCUUCUCCUACACAUGGCGGGAUGCCGAACAUGUCUGUUUCUGGCCUGGCCACACCUGAUUGUCUGUCUCGAGAGGGAUCUCCCGGACCAAUGUCCGAGCCAUACGGUGAUGUUGUGAAUAGCCAGGGUGUGGCGCAGCACCUAGAAAUCAAGAGUAGUAGUCGACCAUCUUCACCCUUUUCUCUGCAUCAAGGAAGUGGCGUAGUUGUACAAUCGAACCAUCCAACUCACGUGGUAGUGCUGCAGCCUACUCAACUAGCGCACGGACCGACGGCUAAUGGCGGAUCAGAAAACAAUUACCUGGGCGGAACACAGGCCUCAGUCAUCGUGCCCUUUGUUACCACAUAUUCGUCAUUUGUAAGUGCCAGCAAUUCCAACGGUGGUAACGAGUCGUUAGCCAGCCUGCAGCCCAGUAGUAUUAAACGAACCUACCCUCCUGCAUCGUCAAGUCCGGCACCGGUGAAUGCUGGGCUCGGUAAUACUGGACCUUGUUUUGAUGGCAACGAGAAGAAAAUUAAACUUGAUACGGAAGAAGAAAGCGAAAAGUAGACCAACGAGCCUUUUGUAUCAUACGUCAAUAUGAUGUAACGAAAAGGUUUAAACAGAAGUGAACUGUUGGCGACAUUUCCCGUAAUUCAAUUAAUUGAUGCAUCAUGACUGAGAAAGACAAUGUAACUUUCUUGCUAUUCGCAUCAUUUUUUUUUCUUGAAGUGCUGAACAAUACUUCACUUCAUUUUUCCUUGAUUCUUCAUCGUAGUAAACUAUAAAAAGUUCAGCUCCGAUAUAAAGGACUUGUGUCUUUGUAAUCGUCAAUUUAAAGCAGUGUAGUCUACUCGUUUCGCCUGAACUUCCCCUUAAUAUACUUGCGAUAUAUUUA